CCCUAGCAAUACUGAGCCUCAGUCGGCCUUAGGAGAUAUUUGCUGAAUGGCUGCAAAACACAGAGGAAACAUCUAUGGCCUUGGCAUAGGGCCCCACCCCUCCAUAUCCUCCCACCUCUGACUUCACACCACCUACAGGGUCUUCAAUGCCCUCUGUGACUUCACGCAGUUGGCCUGUGAAAGGCAACCAGAUGGUCAUCCAGGGCUGGCUACCAGGUCUUUCAUGUCCACCGUGACUUCCAGGACCACAAGCCCUUUUGCGCCCACCAUGCCUUCUCCACCUACGAGAUCCUCAAAACCCAGCAGGUCUCUGGCAUCCACUGGACCCUCGAUGCCCACAGUAUCUCCCAAGCUUCCUUCCUCCUCGAAGACCACUAAGUCAGCAAUGCCCAACAGCUCUUCAGUGCCCACCAAGCCAUCAACAGCCCCCAACUCGGUCAUGAGCCCCAGCAGUUCCAAGUCCACCAAAUGGGAAAGCAGAAAGACAGCCCCUUCUAAUCAGCCCAGCAACAGGUCCCAAGUCUGCAGCAGGGCGAGAACAUCUAGCAAGGCCAGCACCGACACCAGGGCCAGCACAACCAGCAAGGCUGGCGGGGUAAGACGCCCCCAGCGGAAGGGCACACGUAGCCGGGGCAGAACUCCUGGCCAAAGGGGAAGCCGCAACUCCAAGAGGUCACCCAGCAGGGUGAGGACCACUUCCCAGCAAAAAGAGAGAGGGAGGAAGAGUUAUAGCCGGCCUAGAACCAAGAGCCGGGAAAGGAGUGAAAGCCAGCAUAGAAAUGUGAGCAGAGAGAAGAGUUACAGCCCACCAGGAACCUCAGGUAUGGAGAAGAGUUCUAGGAUGGCUGUAAUCCCCAGUAGAGCAAAGAGUUACAGCCCCACCGGAACUCCCUUCAAGGAGACAGGUUACAGCCAGGCUCCAUCGUCAUGGAGAAGGGUAAAGAGUUAUAGUCAGAUGAUCAGCUUCAGCAUGGAACGGAGUUACAGCCCAAACGAAAUAUCCAACAUAAUCAAGAGCUAUAAUCAGGGUAGUGCACGAAGUCAUAGCCGGUCUAGCUCCACCAGCAGGACCCGAAGUCAUAGCCGGUCUAGAACACCCAGAAGGACAAGAAGUCGCAGUCAGAAGAGGACCCACAGCAGGGUAAGAAGUCAUAGUUGGAAGAGAAAUCAUAGUAGGGCAAGAAGUCAUACCCGGAAGGAAACUCCCAGCCAGAUGAGAAGACAUAGCCAGUCUAGAAGCUGUAGCCAUGAAAAAAGUCAAUACCAUUCUAGAACCCCCAGCAGGGAAAGAAGUCAUAGCCAGUCUAGAAGCCCCAGCACGGAGAGAGAUAAGAGACGAUCUAGAAGCCCUGGCAAGGAGAAAUAUUACAGACAAUCUAGAAGCCCCAGCAAGAACAGAGGUCACAGACAAUCUAGAAUUCACAGCAAGGAAAGAGAUCACAGCCGAUCUAGAACCUCCAGGAAGGAAAGAGAUCACAGCCAACAGAGAACCCCUAGAAAAGAGAGAUAUCACAGAAGGUCUAGAAGCUCCAGUAAGGAAAGAGAUCACAGCCAAUCUAGAAACUCUAGUAAGGAAAGAGAUCACAGCCGAUCUAGAAACUCUAGUAAGGAAAGAGAUCACAGCCAAUCUAGAAACUCCAGUAAGGAAAGAGAUCACAGCCUAUCUGGAAGCUUCGACAAGGAAAGAGAUCACAGCCAAACUAGAAGCCCCAGGGAAAAGAGAGAUCACAGUGGAGCUAGAACCUCUAGAAAGGAGAGAGAUCAUGGCCGAUCUAGAACUUCUAGAAAGGAGAGGGGUCGCAGUCGAUCUAGAACCCCCAGAAAGGAAAGAAAACACAGCCGAACAAGAAGCCCCAGCACGAGAGAACACAGCCAGUCUAGAAUCCCCCCAAAAGAGGACAAUCACAGCAGAGCUAGAACCUCCAGCAAGAGAGAGCACAGCUGGUCGAGAAGCCCCAGCAAAAAGAGCAAUCACACCCAAUCUACAACCCCCAGAAAUCUCAGCCAGAAGGGAUCCCCUAGCAGGGCACAGAGUCCCAGUCAGAAUAGAACACCUAGUGAGACAAGGAGCCAUUCUCCCUCAAGUUUUCUCAGUGGAGCUCCAAUCCCGAGCCAGGAUGCUAUUCAAGCCAAUGCCACUACCGCUAAGGCCGCCUCACCUGGAGAGAGGUCCUCAUCAUCUUCUUCCAAGCUGGCGUAG